AUAUAUUCCCAAUGGGGGCAACUCUAUUAUUCAUUCAAGCUGAUCCAAAGUGAAUGAGUGUGCGUGUGUGUAUGCUUGUCCUCUAGUCGUCCCAAAACUGCAAAGGAAAAAGACAAUGAAUCUGGAGAAUCUGACUUCCCAGAGCUUUCUUUCAGCAACCCACAGCAACACCAGCAAUCUCUUCCUGGGGCUCCAGUUGGUUCAGUUCUUCAAGCCGCUCAUCAUCCCUUGCUACUCCCUUGUGGUUUUUGUGGGCAUCAUUGGGAAUUAUCUCCUCAUCUACGUUAUCUGCAAGACCAAAAAGAUGCACAACGUCACCAACUUCCUGGUAGGCAACCUGGCCUUUUCGGACAUGCUCAUGUGUGCCACCUGCGUCCCCCUGACCCUGGCGUAUGCCUUUGAGCCCCGAGGCUGGGUCUACGGGCACUUCAUGUGCUACUUUGUGUUCCUGAUGCAGCCAGUCACCGUGUUUGUGUCUGUCUUCACCCUGACUGUCAUUGCCGUGGACAGAUACUACACCAUGGUGUAUCCCCUCCGCAGGAGGCUCACGAUACCAAUCUGCACCUAUAUCCUGGCCGGCAUUUGGCUGCUGAGCUGUGUGCUGGCUGCCCCAGCCCUGCUGCGCACGUACUACGCCGAGUUUCCAGAGCUGGACUUUUCCAUCUGCGAAGAAUUUUGGUUUGACAGGAAGAGAGAUCGCUUAGCUUAUGCCUACAACACCCUCAUUUUCACCUACGUCCUGCCCUUGGCAGUCAUCUCAGUCUCCUACCUGAGGAUAUCUGUCAAGCUGAAAAACAGAGUUGUCCCUGGCAACGUCACCCAGAACCAAGCGGAGUGCGACCGAGCCCGGAGGAGGAAGACCUUUCGCCUGCUGGUCCUGGUGGUGGUCGCUUUCGGGGUUUGCUGGCUGCCUUUGCACAUCUUUAAUGUGAUCAAGGACAUCGAUAUCAAGCUCAUAGACAAGCAGUAUUUCAAUCUAAUCCAGCUGCUUUGCCACUGGUUCGCUAUGAUGUCUGCCUGCACGAAUGCAUUCCUUUAUGCCUGGCUGCAUGACAGCUUCAGGGGGGAGCUGAAGAAAAUGUUCGCCUGGCCGAGGAAAAAAAUAGGACCAGCCACCAAUUGCAUCGUGGCUAGCGUGGUGCUGUAAAUAUGGGCUUUUUCCCGGCUGCUGUGGCCUCUUUCGUGAUGAAUGUCGAAAGUUUCUCUUUGUACUGUAAUUAACAUGUGAGCAUGCACAAGGGAUAUUGGAUGCUAAGUUUAAUGAAACCCAAAUGAUGCCACAUAAAACUUGUAGCCAGAAUUAAUUAUUUGAAUGAAGGCAAACAGCACACAAUUUAUUUC